ACAAAGAAGGAGUGGAAGAUUUUACAUGUAAACAAACUGUUGCGUCACAGUUCACACUAUGGUGAGUUCAAGAACCGCCGAAAUUAUUAGGACAAAACGACGUUCACCAAAUCAAGAAUCCAUUCUGAAUCAUCACCCCUGGAAUUAGAAUCGGAUCGAAUCGUCAGGUUUCCAAAGAUUCACACCCCUACUGGACAAGAGCGAGGCGACGACGCUCAGCCUCCCCGCCACCACCAGCCAUGGCGGCUCUGACAGUAACAUCAGCGCAGAGGGAGCGGCGGGGUCAUCAUCGGGGGUCACAGCAGCAGGCGCGGAGGGCGGCAUGGGGGCCGGCGAGCCUCAUCGGACGCGGGCCGCCCUGGAGCACCUGCAGCAGAAGAUCCUGAAGGUGACCGAGCAGAUCCGCGUAGAACAGGAAGCCCGCGACGACAACGUGGCAGAGUACCUGAAGUUGGCCCACAACGCCGACAAGCAGCAGGCGUCUAGGAUCAAACAGGUGUUUGAGAAGAAGAACCAAAAGUCGGCACAGACUAUCGCACACUUGCACAAAAAGUUGGAGCACUAUCACAAGAAGCUAAAGGAAAUCGAGCAGAAUGGACCGGCCCGUCAGCCAAAAGACGUCCUGCGGGACAUGCAGCAAGGAUUGAAGGACGUCGGGGCCAAUGUCCGAGCAGGGAUAAGUGGCUUCGGCGGUGGCGUUGUGGAAGGGGUCAAAGGUGGCGUGUCAGCCCUCACUCACACUGCCGUGGUCUCUAAGCCGAGAGAGUUUGCCAGCCUCAUCAGGAACAAGUUUGGCAGCGCCGAUAACAUCGCUCACCUAAAGGACACGCUGGAGGACGGCGUCGGGUGCCACGCAGACGACACCCCCACACCCCGCGCCCUGAGUGGAAGCGCCACGCUGGUCUCCAGCCCGAAGUACGGCAGCGACGAUGAGUGCUCCAGCGCCACGUCCGGCUCAGCUGCGUGCAGCAACUCUGGCGGGGUGGGAGGAGGAGUGGGAGUAGGAGGAGUAGUAGGAGGAUUAGGAGGAGGAGCGUUAGGACCCACAAUGGGGAGUCCCAGGUUAGACGGGCACCAUCAUCAUCACCAUCAUGUGCACAGCUCGUGGGACUCUCUCCUUGAGGGCCUGCAGGAGAUCAAAGCUAGUCAGGCCCACAUGGAAGACACCAUCGAGGACAUGAAGGGCCAGCUGCAGAGCGACUACUCCUACAUGACACAGUGCCUGCAAGAGGAGAGAUACAGGUAUGAACGACUAGAAGAACAGCUGAGUGACCUGACGGAGCUUCAUCAGAAUGAGAUGAGCAACCUCAAACAGGAACUGGCCAGCAUGGAGGAGAAAGUGGCCUAUCAGUCCUAUGAGCGAGCACGAGACAUCCAGGAGGCAGUGGAGUCGUGCCUGACGCGCAUCACCAAGCUGGAGCUGCAGCAGCAGCAGCAGCAGGUGGUCCAGCUGGAAGGCGUCGAGAACGCUAACGCUCGGGCGCUGCUGGGCAAGCUCAUCAACGUCAUCCUGGCGCUGAUGGCCGUGCUGCUGGUCUUCGUGUCCACGCUGGCCAACUUCAUCACGCCACUGAUGAAGACCCGGGCCCGUGUGGCCGCCACCGUUCUGCUGACUCUGCUGCUCUUCGUUUUGUGGAAGCAUUGGGACUUUGUGGAGACCUGGCUGCUGCCACGCUGAGCCGGGGUCCAGUGACAAAGGUCAAAGUUCAUACUGGAAGGCGGAAACGUGAACUGCUGCAAUGGUCUGCGAGGACAAGAUGAGGACUUCUCAUGAAUGUGAUGUGCUCUUCAUCAAGUGCAAUCAACUGACGCUUCAGGAAGGAUAACAUGGAUUUUGGAGGAACUGCCAUUUACGGACCUUCACUGGCCACUUUAUUAGGUACACCUGUACAAUGUGUUGACGUCCAAUACAAAGAGUAAGGACAAGACAACAAUGCUCCGUUUUGAUGGACGCAUUUCACUGAUAAAAAUCAUGUUUUAUGUUAAAAUAAAGUCAAUGCAAUUAAAAAAAGACAUAAGUGAAUAGCAAAAUACUGUAAUUAAAUACAUUAUUAUAAAUUAUUUCAUUUAUUUGUUUUAAAAUGUAAACAACUUUCACUGAUAAAAAUCCCAAUUUGUUAUAGAAUCAAAUUAAAUAAAUUCAAUUAAAAAUCACUAUUCGUAAUAAGUACCGUAUUUUUCGGACUAUAAGUCGCAGUUUUUUUCAUAGUUUGGCCUGGGGUGCGACUUAUACUCCGGAGCGACUUAUGUGUGAAAUUAUUAACACAAUAAUAUUAUUUAGCUCAUUCACGUAAGAGACUAGACGUAUAAGAUUUCAUCGGAUUUAGCGAUUAGGAGUGACAGAUUGUUUGGUAAACGUAUAGCAUGUUCUAUAUGUUAUAGUUAUUUGAAUGACUCUUACCAUAAUAUGUUACGUUAACAUACCAGGCACGUUCUCAGUUGGUUAUUUAUGCGUCAUAUAACGUACACUUAUUCAGCCUGUUGUUCACUAUUCUUUAUUUAUUUUAAAUUGCCUUUCAAAUAUCUAUUCUUGGUGUUGGGUUUUAUCAAAUACAUUUCCCCAAAAAUGCGACUUAUACUCCAGUGCGACCUAUAUAUGUUUUUUUCCUUCUUUAUUAUGCAUUUUCGGCCGGUGCGACUUAUACUCCGGAGGGACUUAUACUCCGAAAAAUACGGUAGUGGUACCUCAUGAUACAAGUUUGAUUGGUCCUUGAAAAAUUGUAUACAAGUCAAAAUAAAAUGUAUUUAUUCUGUGCUCGGCUGAUCAGUUUAUGUUUUGGUCAUUGACUAUUUUUUGUUUCAUGAAUUGGAAUUGAAAAAGAAAACAAUAGAGGAUUUGAAUAAAACUGAAAAAUAAAGUCUCAGUGUCGAAGAGGAAAUCAAACUGUUUUCGAUCGAGUAACUGCUUUUCAACAAACACAAAAAAAACGUUUUGUUUUUCCAAUUAAAAUUUUUGUUUCAAAAUAAAGUUCAAAUAAACAAAUCCGCUUAUUUUUUUAAUAUCCAUUCAUAAAAGGAAAAUUCAAUGACCAAAAGAUACACUGGCCUCAGACCUUGCCCGCCGCCCAAAACAGCACAAUUUUAACAUGUAAAACAUUUGAGAUCAAAUAUGUAAAAAAAUUAAGAUAAGAAAUAUUGUAUAAAAAUGAUUACAAUACUGGACUACAGUCGUUUUAUGAAGUGAUGCAAUAAUGUACAGUAUUUACCUUGGAGAGUGGACAAUAUCUCUGAGCUGCUUCUGCGUCAAACCCAUCAUCAGCAGCUUCUCCAUAUUUUCAUGGAUAAAUGUCUGCUGUGUAGAUAUUAUUUGAACAACUUGGCUGGUGUUGGACUCAUUCUGUUUCACUAUGGCGCAGACUUGCAGUAGUACACUCCAAAAUAAGUUAGCCAGCUAAACACUUUCAUAUUUUGGAUUAUUUAUUUAUUUUUCAAUUAAUAUUAUCCACUUCUUCUCAGCACUGUACUUUACACUCACUUCCUUCCUUCCUUCCCACGGUUAGGAAAACUAAAUUAUGUCCAUCUCUCGCUAUAAGCUAAUGCUCGCGGUUAAGGUGGGAUGUUUUGGAUCGGAUCUUACGGGGCUCACUGUGACAUUUGCCACUUUAUAAGCGGAGGCACGUGUAUUGCGAGGUACCACUGUAUUUCAAUUUGUCAUGACUAUAUUUGAUACAUUUUUCAUUUCAUUUAACUAUUUUAUUGUGAUUGUACUUUUUGCAAUUUAGAACUGCAUUGCAUUGUUUGUAAUAUUAGGUCACCCUAUUGAGUCACAUGACAAAUGUUAAGGAACAGCUCUCAGGGUGAUGCAGUGCACAAUAAUAAUCCUAUUGGUGAAGAACCAAUGUCAAAGUUUAUACGUGCAGGUGUACCUAAUGUUGUGUUCCUCAUCUCUUGUUCGUCGCUUUUUUUUUGCCGUAUUUCCUUAGCUGAAUAAAAUGCAUCAUCAUCAUUAUUAUUAUGGGAAAAGACAAACAAUUUCUCAUGCACAUAGUGGAUGAUUUCACUUUGUUGUAGAUAUCUGCUUUUGCUCCCUGCAGUGUCAAACUGGCAUGUCAACUUGUGUCAAUGUUUCUAUCCACUUUGCAAAAAUAUACUUGGAAAAAACUAGUUUUUUCAG